AUGAAGUCAAGAGUUGUCUCCCAGCAACUAGCCUUUCAUGACUUGUCUUUGGAGACCAACAACACCAUGGUUGUCAAGGCCACUAAUUCUGCUCAUUGCAUCAACAGGCUUUAUCUCAGGGCCAAAGAGCUCAGCAAGGAGAGAUGUUGGAUAGCUCACAAAGAUUGCUUGCCAGGAAGCUUUGAUAAAAGAGAUUGUAGGCUGUCCAGUCUAGUUCCCAGUAUGGUUAUUUUCCUCCGAAUAGAAGAUGCAUGCCGUUGGGCUUCUGGCCCAGAUGCUGGCAGCGAGUUCCUUUCAGAUAUCAUGUUCGUGAUGUCAUCAGAAAGUCUGACUGCUUCAUUAUAUUCCCUUACCCAGGAGUCUCCAGAAGAUGCCAUUGGCUGA